CUCACUCAGCCUCCACAGCUCGCGCCCAGCAAAACGAGGCAGAAACAGGAGAGGCAACGGGUGUUGCGGUGUUGCCUCAUGCGUUAUCCAGAGGAGCCGGGCAUGCUAUUGCUGUUGGCACUGCUGCUUCUCUGUAACAACGGAGUCGGUGACGUUGAAGGCUCAACGAUCCACGAGAAUAGCAGCAUUGUUGAUCUGCACGCGCUGCUCGACUUCAAGCAAGGCAUCACCGACGAUCCACAAGGGGCCUUGAGCAGCUGGAGCAACAACACCCACUUCUGUCGAUGGCGUGGUGUAAACUGCACCACGACACCACCGCGUCGCGUCUCAUGGCUUGUCCUCACCGGCCUGGAUUUAGCAGGACAAAUCACCUCCUCUCUUGGAAACAUGACAUUCCUUCGAUCGCUCGACCUUUCAUCUAAUAACUUGGUUGGCCCCAUACCUAUCCUUGGCCAUCUCCAACAACUGGAGACACUUUACCUGUACGACAACCAUCUGCACGGGACAAUUCCUGAUUCAAUCACCAACUGUUCCAGCUUGGCCAACCUAGAUCUCUCUAUAAAUUCUCUAGUGGGUGUAAUUCCUCCGAAACUAGACUUUCUUUCACAUCUUUUCUACCUAAACCUCUCUGGAAACUCCAUAGCGGGUCCAAUCCCUCCGGAACUAGGUUUCCUCUCAAAUCUGUCCGUCUUAGAUCUAUCUGAAAACUUGCUAGUGGGUGAAAUUCAUCCGAAACUAGGUCUCCUUUCAGAUCUGAUCCUCUUGGAUCUCUCCACAAACUUGCUAGUGGACCGAAUUCCUCCGAGUUUAGGCUUUCUUCCAAAUCUAGAAUAUCUAUAUCUUCGAUCAAAUCAACUCGAGGGGAGCAUUCCUGAUGAGCUUGGGCAAUUGCAGGUUUUAAAAGAGCUGAUCCUGGGCAGUAACAAGCUUUCAGGUAAAUUCCCACAUGCCAUCUUGAAUCUUUCAGCUUCCCUCCAAUAUCUAGGGUUGGAGUUUAAUAUGCUAGGGAAGGCAUUGCCACCUAAAAUUGGGGACUUUCUGCCUAAUCUCAUACAGCUUAGCAUGAGUGGCAACAUGUUUGAGGGUUGCAUCCCAGCUUCCCUAGGCAAUGCUACAGGGUUAGAAGUGAUAGAUUUAUCAAAUAACAGUUUCAUCGGAAAAAUUCCAGCUUCUUUUGGAAUGCUUUCAAAGCUGGUCAUUCUAAACCUUGAGCAUAACCAGCUAGAAGCCAGGGAAAGCACAGACUGGGAAUUCUUAGAUGAACUGAGAAACUGCCAAUCUCUGAAUGUCCUAUCACUGUCUUACAAUCAGCUGCAUGGACAUAUUCCACAGUUCGUUGGUAACCUAUCACCCAGCCUUGAUACACUUCUGUUAUACGGAAACAGCUUAUCGGGACAAGUACCCCAAAGUAUCGGAAACCUUAGUGCCUUGACUAAACUGGCACUAGGUAAAAAUUAUUUAAGUGGUAAAAUUGAAGGAUGGAUUGGAAACCUAAAAAGCCUACAAUCGUUGAAUCUCGAGUCGAACAGCUUCACUGGCCCAAUCCCAUCCUCCAUUGGCAAUCUUACUUACUUGACGUAUUUGUACAUGAGGGAAAAUAGAUUCGAGGGCCUCAUACCUUAGACAGCUCACAAUUGUGGACUUUAGCCAUAACAAUUUGCGUGGUGGCAUAACUCAGUUUGGUAACCUUAUUCAUCUUGAAAGAAUGUAUGUUUCAUUCAGCAAAUUUACUGGUGAAAUACAAUGAGUGGCGUCCGUAUGCUCCCGUUUACACGCACAAGGGUGUAUUCUGUCAUAAGUAUGCAACAGAGAUAAUUAUUAGGGAUGGUCAUACUUGUUUGUAUUUAUGUUUUCGAAUAAUAUCUUUUGCAUUGCUUCGCACGUAUGUGACUUGCUUGUGGAACAUCUUUUCAGAAAGCUUAGCAC